GUUCAUCACGAGUGUUACUUGGUGAACGCGAUCGUGUUCUCGGCCUCAUGCUCAAUUGCUCAUACCACUAAGACCGUUUAUCUCUGUAAUUCUGUUCUGUUCAUCCUCAAUUCCAAAGCGCGGAACAACAGAGAAAGCAAGAAAAGGGUUUCAAUUUCAGAAGAAGAAGACGAAGAAGAGAGAGGGAGAGAGGGUUUCAGUUUUCAACAAUGAAGACGACGAAGGGUGGCAAGGUCAUGAACCCUACCGAUGCUUACCGGAAGGAGCUUCGGAAGAAGGAAUUGAAAAGGAACAAGAAGGAAAGAAAGAAGGUGAGGGAAGUGGGGAUUUUGAAGAAAGACCCUGAGCAACUCAAGAAGCAGAUUGACAACUUGGAAAUGAUGAAGGCUGAUGGUGCCUUGGAUAAAGCAAGAAAGCACAAGAAGAGACAACUACAAGAUACACUUAAUCUUGUCGUAAAGAAGAGGAGGGAAUAUGAAGAUAAAAUGAAGGAGAAGGGGGAGACCCCUGUUAUGUUCAGCCAUUUGGGGCCUCCUCGAAGGAGAACAACUGCUGAAGAAGAAGAGAGAGUUAAUCACCCAAAGCCUGAGGACUCCGUUUAUUACCAUCCUACAUUAAAUCCUACUGGGGCUCCACCACCAGGGAAACCUCCUAUGUUUGUAUCGUCUAUAGGUCCCAGAAUUCCCUUGUCUGGUGCUUCGUCAAGUGCUGCUGCAUCAUCAUCGGCAACAGAGUCCGAAAAUGAUGUGUUAGCUGUACCUCCACCCCCCCCACCACCACCACUGCCUGAUUCUGGCACUGCAAGUUCUGCAGAUGGUGCUGUUUUACCUGCUUCUUUGCCAUUGCCUCCUCCACCUCCAAUGCCGCCAAAGCCUGCUACUGCUGUGCCUACAUCAUUACCUCCACCUCCUUUGCCUCCUCCACCUCCUGGUCCUCCACCUAAAGAUCAAAUUGCAAGUCGGCCUAUACCCCCUCCACCUCCACCCCUACAACAGUCUCAGCCACCUCCACCUGGCACUGGUGUAGGUAUGGAGAGAAAUCAGUCUGCAUUGACAGAUGAUUUACCUUUCAAGGCGCCUGGUCAGGUGCAGCUGCCUCCUCCCCCUCCUCCACCCAAGUCUGGUGUUAUUCAGUCUGAUGGUGCUGCAGCUUCUACUGACAAUAAGAAUACCCUUUCUAGCCAGGAGAUCCCUAAAAUGGUUCCUGGGCUUCCUCCUCCUCCUCCAAGGCAACAACCUUCUGUUCCAGGUCCCCCAUUAAUCCCAAGUUUACAGGCUGAUGUAUUGCCCCCUGGAAUAUCCCGAUUUUUGCCACCACCACCACCACCACCAACACCUGAUAUGAGGUCUCCUUUACCUGUUGCGGGACUCCCUGGUCAGGCACUGCCUCCUGGAAUGAUGGUCCCUCUAAUUCAUAGGCCACCAUAUGGUCCUCCACCUGGGCCUCCUCCAAUGAUGAAACCACCACUUCCACCUGGUCCUCCUCCAAACUUCCACGAAGAGGAUCAUUUGGCAUUAAGGCAACUUCCUCCUCAGAAGCCAUCUUAUGUUAAAUCUGCUGCUUCUACUGUUGUUAAAAGGCCAUUAGCUCAGCACACUCCAGAACUUACAGCUAUGAUUCCUGCAUCUGUUCGAGUGAGGAGAGAGGCUGCAAUGAUUAAAACAAAACCAAAACCUUCACUGCCAACAACCUCUAGGACCGUUUCUGGGAAAUCAGGGCCGACUAAUGUAAAACCAGAGUCAGUGAGCUCAUCAUCAGCUCCAAAAGCACCGAGCAUCGAUGACUCAUAUUCAGCUUUCUUAGAGGACAUGAAAGCCCUUGGUGCGCUUGAUGGUUGAGAUUAUGGAGUGGCGGAGUCACAUUAUGGUGAAUGUGUGCACCGUGAAGAUUGCUUAUUUUAUGUUCAACCAACCACUCAUGGCCUCACUCAUUUUUUUUGUCAUGAUGAUAAAGCAUUCAAGACCUUGUAAACUCUUUUGUAACUUCUAGUUUACAUUUUAGAUAUCUAUUAUUAAUAAUUACAUUUUAGAUAUUUUGAGAUAGCAAAACUCUUAACGGUUUGUCACUGCAAGAUUUGAAUGUAUGCAUUAAACUUGGGUGA